ACCUGGAACAAGGCAAAGCAACACCUCUCACUCUUCCCCCGUAAACUACUACAACUUUUCUAAGCUCAUCAUCAAAUCCCCAAUUCAUUGUACCACUUUUCUUCUGUUCGCUUUGAAAGUCUAUCAUUCUCUCCAGUUUCUCUAAUUCCAUUUCUUAAUUCCUUUCCGAAAAGCUCUUCUUUUCCACCGUCACCAUGUCCGGUUACUCUGAAGCUUGCCCGGUCUACGCGCCCUUCUUCGGCGCCAUGGGUUGCACAGCGGCCAUCGUCUUCACCUGUUUAGGUGCUUCCUACGGAACCGCCAAGUCCGGUGUUGGUAUUGCGGCUAUGGGUGUCUUAAGACCUGACCUCAUCGUGAAGAACAUCGUCCCCGUCAUUAUGGCUGGUAUCAUUGGUAUCUAUGGUCUCGUCGUUUCCGUCCUGAUUUCCGAUGGCUUGACUCAACAGCUUCCUCUCUACACUGGUUUCAUUCAACUGGGUGCGGGUCUGUCUGUGGGUCUUGCUGGUAUGGCUGCUGGUUUCGCUAUUGGUAUCGUCGGUGACGCAGGUGUACGAGGAACCGCUCAACAACCCAGACUUUUCGUCGGUAUGAUUCUUAUCCUCAUUUUCGCCGAAGUCUUGGGUCUGUACGGUCUCAUCGUCGCUCUUCUCAUGAACUCGAAGGCCAGCGUCGACGUUAGCUGCUAGGACAACUAAACCCACUAGCACACCGCGAUCAACCUAUAUCCGACUUGAUAGCUCGUACAAGUGCGAAAAGGUUCGGCAAGUUGUACUUUAACCAGUACCUUUUCGCCUUGUUGAGCUAUUCUCUAUCAAGAGAAUACUACAUAUAACUUAUGUUAUGUUAAAUACUAGCCUAACAGCCGAAGACAAGCACGCAGAAGGCUGCUAGACUAUUAGGGGGUGAUGUGUUAAGAAUGGAGGAAUGGGGCACAUGGUGACGACUGAGCAAGGAAUCGCAUCUGUAUUACUGUUGCUGCAUAUGUACGGUCCAGGACGACUUCUCAUCAUAGAUUAAUGGAUGAGAGAUUUUGUACUCUAGGGGUUGGUAAUCGGUUCUCAUGGAAGUGUGAUUUCAAAUUAGAAAAUUUCUACAUCUCCAAACAAUGUGAUGAGGUCAUGGCGUAUGAUUCGCUAGUCAGUGCCGUUAUUAGCCUUAUGUGGUUUUCAGUGCCCAGACAGCACAUUUGGGGGUACCUAGGUUUUGAUGCACUUCCAUUCCACAGGUCUCAUAGUCCUAGGCACUGUACAAUUCACCCCUUGUAUCAAAAGUAUUAGAGUGAGGCCUCAGUAUAGCUGUCAAGCUUAGACGUUUCAAUGGUGUGCUUUCUUAUUUAGGGGAAACGGAGCCGAAGGUACCCAUACAUAACCUUGGCUUAAUAUAGAUAUGUCUGUGCU